AGGGAAAGGCACCCUGUCCCGUGCUCCACAUCUGGGCCUGCCGCUGCCGGACCAUGGGAUGUCGGCAAAGCUCAGAGGAGAAAGAGGCGGCACGGCGGUCCCGGAGAAUCGACCGCCACCUGCGCUCAGAGAGCCAGCGGCAGCGCCGCGAGAUCAAGCUGCUCCUGCUGGGCACCAGCAACUCGGGCAAGAGCACCAUUGUCAAGCAGAUGAAGAUCAUCCACAGUGGCGGCUUCAACCUGGAGGCCUGCAAGGAGUACAAGCCCCUCAUCAUCUACAACGCCAUCGACUCGCUGACACGCAUCAUCAGGGCCCUGGCCGCCCUCAGGAUCGACUUCCACAACCCCGACCGCGCCUACGAUGCCGUGCAGCUUUUCGCACUGACCGGCCCCGCAGAGAGCAAGGGCGAGAUCACGCCAGAGCUGUUGGGUGUCAUGCGGCGGCUGUGGGCUGACGCCGGGGCCCAGGCCUGCUUCAGCCGCUCCAGUGAGUACCACCUGGAGGACAAUGCGGCGUACUACCUGAACGACCUGGAGCGCAUCGCAGCGCCCGACUACAUCCCCACUGUGGAGGACAUACUACGCUCCCGGGACAUGACCACGGGCAUCGUGGAGAACAAGUUCACCUUCAAGGAGCUCACCUUCAAGAUGGUGGAUGUGGGUGGGCAGAGGUCGGAGCGCAAAAAGUGGAUCCACUGCUUUGAGGGCGUCACAGCCAUCAUCUUCUGUGUGGAGCUCAGUGGCUACGAUCUGAAGCUCUACGAGGAUAACCAGACGAGUCGAAUGGCAGAGAGCCUACGGCUUUUCGACUCCAUCUGCAACAACAACUGGUUCAUCAACACCUCUCUUAUCCUCUUCCUGAACAAGAAGGACCUGCUGGCGGAGAAAAUCCGGCGCAUCCCGCUCACCAUCUGCUUCCCCGAGUACAAGGGCCAGAACACGUACGAGGAGGCCGCCGUCUACAUCCAGCGGCAGUUCGAGGACCUGAACCGCAACAAGGAGACCAAGGAGAUCUACUCCCACUUCACCUGCGCCACGGACACCAGCAACAUCCAGUUUGUCUUUGACGCGGUGACAGACGUCAUCAUACAGAACAAUCUCAAGUACAUUGGCCUUUGCUGAGGAACCCGGCCCACUCACCUGAGGUGAAACCCAUGGGGUGUCACGCCCCGACUCAUGCUAGAGAAGCCGAAACCCAGGGCAGGAAACGGGGGCCUGAGGAUGCCCCCUGCCCCUUGGCCUCCACCUCCUUGGCCCCAUGUUUCUGCAAACAUUAACAUAUACAGAUAGAUUGCUAGGUAGGUAGACACACAUGCACAUGCACACUUGUCUGGAGAUGACACAGUCCUCUGACGCGCCACGGUCUCUGGGAGAUGUGAGAAGCUGUCACAAGGUCACUACGAGCCCAUCCUGCCCCUCCACUU